CCUUCACGCAACGGUGUGUGUCUGUUUGCUCCUCACUGGAUCAGGGGAGAAAAGCAGCAUGAACUGCAUGACAGGAGCUUGUGCGGUGUCCUUAGAAGAAUAAUCCUCUCAUUGGCUCUUGGCUUAGUCCCCUCCCUCCAUCUGAUACUGGUGAUUGGUCCUUUUAAGGAAGGCCACCCCCACCUCCUGACUGUCAUUUAUCCCCACUCAUUUGGAAGCAGGCCUCCUCAGUCUGUCAACUCAAGGCUUGAGAGUUGACCUGCACUGGGCCCAUCCUGUGGUGCAGCGGUGCGGUGGUCCUGCAGGUGAGCGCUGGCGCAGUCCGUCCUGAUCAAGUCGGGCUGCUCCGGAGAGGGCGCCCCCUGGUGGCGCCGGCAUGGAGGGCGUGGUGGAGAUGCACUUCACCACGGUGGACUAUGUGAUCUUCACCAUCCUGCUGGUGGCCUCCACGGGCAUCGGGCUCUUCUACGCCUUCUCUGGGGGCCGCCAGCGCACCACGCAGGAGUUCCUGAUGGCCGACCGGAGCAUGAGCUGCCUGCCCGUCUCCCUGUCCCUGCUCGCCACCUUCCAGUCGGCCGUGGCCAUCCUGGGCGCGCCCUCUGAGAUCUACGCCAACGGGACGCAGUACUGGUUCCUGGGCUGCUCCUACUUCCUGGGGCUUCUCAUCCCGGCACACGUCUUCAUUCCCGUUUUCUACAGGCUGCGCCUCACCAGCGCCUACCAGUACUUGGAGCUGCGCUUCAAUAAAACGGUCCGCAUCUGUGGGACGGUGACCUUUAUCUUUCAGAUGGUGAUCUACAUGGGUGUGGUCCUGUACGCCCCAGCCCUGGCACUUAAUGCAGUUACUGGAUUUGACCUCUGGGGGGCAGUGCUGGCUAUGGGACUGGUGUGCACCCUGUAUACAACAUUGGGGGGGCUGAAGGCCGUCAUCUGGACGGACGUCUUCCAGACGAUCGUGAUGUUCGCCGGGCAGCUGGCUGUCAUCGUGGUGGGCACCCAUCAGGCUGGGGGCAUAAGCGAGGUCUGGAGGAAGGCCCAAAACGGGAGCCGUAUCUCCGGCCUGAACCUGAACCCCGACCCCCUGGAGAGGCACACCUUCUGGACGCUGGGCGUCGGCGGGGUGUUCCUGAUGCUGGCGCUGUAUGGGGUGAACCAGGCUCAGGUGCAGCGGUACCUGAGCUCUCGCACGGAGAAGGAGGCCGUCAUGUCCUGCUACGUGGUGUUCCCCUGUCAGCAGAUUGUUCUGACGCUGGGGUGUCUGAUGGGGCUGGUCAUGUUUGCGCGCUACGGCGAGGACAGCCCUCUGGAUAAGGGCUACGUCUCCGCAACUGACCAGAUGGUGCUGUAUUUUGUGAUGGACGUCCUGCAGGACCUGCCUGGGCUGCCGGGACUCUUUGUGGCCUGCCUGUUUAGUGGAGCUCUCAGUACGAUCUCCUCAGCCUUUAACUCCCUGGCCACCGUAACCAUGGAGGACCUCAUUAAACCGCACUUCCCGGCUAUGACAGAGGCCAGAGCCACAAUGCUCUCCAAGGGUCUUGCGCUGGCCUACGGGCUGGUGUGCCUGGCCAUGGCCUACAUUGCCUCUCUAAUGGGAUCAGUGCUGCAGGCGGCACUCAGUAUCUUCGGGAUGGUGGGUGGUCCGCUGCUCGGCCUGUUCUGUCUGGGAAUGUUCUUUCCGUGGGCCAACCCCACCGGCGCAGUGACGGGGCUGGUGGCAGGUCUGGUCAUGGCCUUCUGGAUCGGUAUCGGAAGCUUUGUGGCCCGUUUCACCGCCUCCGCCCCAACCCCUCUGCCCCCAAUCAACACCACAGUCCUGCCGAGCGCGGGUAACAUGACCACGGCGGCCAUGACCACGCUCGUCAGCAUGGUCACCACCAAGCCCAGGCCCACAGGGCUUCAGGCCUUCUACUCUCUGUCAUACAUGUGGUACAGCGCUCACAAUUCCACCACGGUGGUGGUGGUGGGACUCAUCGUCAGUUUCCUCACAGGUCCGAUGAAGGAGAAGGACCUGACUCCGGGUACCGUGUACCCUGUGCUUGGAAACCUGUUGUUCUUUCUGCCUGAGCGUUACAGAGAGAAGCUUUGCUGUGUCACCCCACUGGAGCAGAAGGCCAAAGCCAUUGACACCCAGCCCUAUAAGAUGGCACAGAAAGAGAGCAACGGCGUGGCCUACUCCAAAGAGGAUGACAGGACGGAGGAUGAGGAGCAGGAAGAGGAGGGACAGGCCAGCCCCCGGCCCUCGUGUCGCUUGUCCCACAUGGUGCAGGAGACAGCCUUGUGACGCCUCCUUCGCUGUGUGCCCCCCCACCCCCCCACCCUGCAUUGGCCCUGU